AAGCCUAAUUAUCAAUUAUGUUGAAUAGCAGCGAAAUUAAACAUAAAUUGUUUAACAAUUCUCAUCUACCAAUGAAUACAAAAUCUCAAAAACGGAUUAAACAUUUAAAUUAUAAGACACAAACCUUUAACACCUCAUUCCAAACAAAAGCCAUAUACCAAAUGGAUUCUACAACAUAUUCCACCAUAACCAGCAGCAACACUCAAUCAUUAAUAGCAGCAGCCAUCACCACAUCGUCAUGUACGUGUAGAAACAAAGCCGCAGCAACAACAUUAUACCACAAAUCUACUACACUAUCCACACGCCUCAUUAACCUGUCCUACAUACUCCUGCUGGCCACUAUACUCCCUUUAAUAUACACCAAAAAUAUUGUGGUUACAGCAGCACCCUCCCACCAAAGUAACACACCCCCCUUAACGGAGGCAGAAUCACUGGUAACAAAAACAGCCGCCUUGAAUACAUUAAAUUCCACAGCGAUGGCCUUAAUGGAACUGCAGCAACAAACUGUUAAAAUCAAUUCCGUCCAGACGACACAACCGGGUGUUGUUGCGUCCACGCCCCAUCCAGAACAUAGUAGAGCUUUAAAAAAGGCCUGGUUAUCGAAUCGUACUAUAGUUUGUAAUGAUGGCACAGCGGCUGGUUUCUAUUUGCGUAAAAAUCCCAACUCCAAAAAAUGGAUUGUGUUUUUGGAGGGCGGCUGGCAUUGUUAUGAUAAGAAAACUUGUAGGUCCCGUUGGAAUAGACUGAGACAUUUGAUGACCUCCACCGAUUGGCCAGAGACAAGAGAUGUUGGUGGCAUUUUAUCAGCUUCUCCCGAAGAAAAUCCCUACUGGCAUAGUGCCAAUCAUGUAUUAGUACCCUAUUGCAGCAGUGAUUCCUGGUCUGGAACUAAGGACACUUUUGAAUCAAAUGAAUUUAACUUUAGGUUUAUGGGUGCCUUGAUUUUAAAACAAGUUAUUGCCGAUCUUAUACCCAUGGGCCUAGGCAGAGUACCAGGUGCAGAACUUUUGCUGGUCGGUUCUUCGGCUGGUGGUUUAGGUGUUAUGCUGAAUCUGGAUCGCAUAACAAAUUAUUUGCAACAAGAACGUAAUCUGCAAGUUACAGUGAGAGGUGUCAGUGAUUCGGGUUGGUUUUUGGAUAGAGAACCUUAUACACCCUCAGCUGUAGCCUCCAGUGAGGCCGUAAGACAGGGUUGGUCUCUAUGGAAGGGACAGCUGCCAGAAGCCUGUGUUGAACAGCAUAAAUCUGAACCUUGGCGUUGUUAUUUCGGCUAUCGUCUUUAUCCCACUUUAAAAGCUCCUUUGUUUGUGUUCCAAUGGCUAUUCGAUGAAGCUCAAAUGAGAGCUGACAAUGUAGCUGCGCCCGUUACUCCCCACCAAUGGAAUUAUAUACAUGCUAUGGGCGGAGCCUUACGCUCUUCUUUGGACAAUGUUACUGCAGUUUUCGCUCCUUCCUGCAUAGGUCAUGCUGUACUCUCUAAACGCGAUUGGACUGCAUUAAAAAUCGAUGAUAUUUCACUGCCCACAGCUUUAAGGUGCUGGGAACAUUCCACCAGACAACGCAAGAAGCGUCAUGAUAAAUUGAAACGUUCCACUGAGGCCACCAUUACCCACAAGGACAACAACAAGAGAAGACAUGAGAAACAGCACAAGGACAAACAACGGGAGAAGAAAAAGAAAAACAAUAAUAACAGCAACAGCAACAACAAUAACAAUAAUGGAGAGAAAAAACGUUUGACCAAAGCCGAAAGAGAAGAACGCAAACGUUUAAGACAUGAACAGCAAAAACGUAGAGAAGAAAGACGCAAUCGCCGCAAGAACAAUGUGGUGGCCUUCCAUGAAAGCAAUCUUACCAAUUCCUUACGUUUAAAUGAAAACUCCACCGAUGCUCAGGACCAGGACAAUCAUACUCAGCAGCAACGUAAACUCAACAAAAACAAACGCAAUGAAUUGGACAAACAAAAGAGAAAUCAUAAUAAACAAAAGAAACGUCAACGCAGAAAGAAGGAGCACAAUUCAGGGGAUAACCAACAACCCGAGAGGGAAUUACAAAAGGAACAGCCAUUGCCGGAGGUAGUGGAAAAGCGUACCAAUACAGCCAAUAAAAUUAAUAGACGCAGUGGUGUGCCUCGAGUGCCAGAAAGAUGUUCACUACGCCUGUUGGAACGCUGCAGUUGGCCCCAGUGCAAUAACUCCUGUCCCACCCUUACGAAUCCGGUAACGGGCGAAGAAAUGAGAUUUCUCGAAUUAUUGGCUUCCUUUGGCCUGGAUAUUGAAGCUGUGGCAGCUGCUUUGGGCGUGGACAUGCAAACUCUUAACAACAUGGAUCGCACCGAAUUGGUGAACAUGUUAACGCAGCAGGUCAGCUGAUCAAAAGAUUAUACUCGAACUGGGAGAGCAUAGUAAACUCCUGGGGGUUAAAUCAUAUUUGAGAUUAAGACAAGAGCUUAUAAAGAGAGUGUUUAGAAAAAGAGCUCUAUCCAAUAGGGGGUUUGCCAAAAGCUUUUUAACAGACUAGCAAGCCUUGUAAGAAUAUUACCAAGUAAUCACUUAACAAAUCUAAAGCCUACUAAAUGCAAAAUAUAGUUGUAUAUAUGUAAAUAACUAAACUACAUUUUAAGUACUUAAAAGUUCAAAUUAGUAAAGUAAGUUUAGCAAAUAAGCUUUAGCAAUUAAGAGAGAAAUGUAAAUAGA